AUGGCUUCCUUCGACAACCUCAGCUACAGCCCCACCGAGCUCGCCGAGAUCAACCAAUGGCUCACGACCGCCGACCGAUUGCAAUCCCAAGCCGGCAACAGCAGCGAGCUGGAGCCGCUGCUCGACACGCUGGAUGCGCACCUGUCAUCGCGUACUACUCUGCUGGGCACCAAGCCGUCCCGCGCUGACGUCGCUCUGUACAAGGCGCUGGCGCCCAAGGUCGCUACUUGGACCCCCGAGCAGCGGACGGGCCAGCAAGGCCGCCCGCACAUCGUGCGCCUCCUGGAUUUUGUGCAGAACGCACCUCUGUUCGGCCUCUCGGUCAGCGAGGCUGAGAAGAUCAAGGUCGACCCCGAGGAGAUCCUGUACGUCAAGCCGCCGGUCGACGCGCGCGCUGAGAAGGAGCGAUUGAAGAAGGAGAAGGGCAAGGGCGAGAAGGAGAACGCCGCGCCCGCGGCGGCUGAGGGGGGAGCACCUGCACCAAAGGAGAAGAAGGAGAAGAAGGAGAAGGCGCCCAAGGCCCAGAAAGCCCCCGCGCCCACGGCCCCGCUGUCCCCGUCCCUGAUCGACCUCCGUGUCGGACACAUCCUGAAAGCUAUCAAGCACCCCGAAGCCGACUCCCUCUACGUCUCAACCAUUGCCAUGGGCGACAAGCCCGGCACUGACGACACAUCCGAGUACGAAGGCCAAGUGGUCCGCACCGUCUGCUCGGGUCUGAACGGGCUCGUGCCCCUAGAGGAGAUGCAAGGCCGCAAAGUAGUCGUCGUCUGCAACCUCAAGCCCGUCAAGAUGCGCGGCAUCAAAUCGUCCGCCAUGGUCCUCGCCGCGUCGCCCCGCCUCGCAGAAGGCGAGGAAGACCACCACGCGGGACCGGUCGAGCUGGUGACGCCUCCCGAGGGCGCGGCCGCCGGCGAGCGCGUCUUCUUCGAGGGUUGGAAGGGCGAGCCCGAGGGCGUGCUGAACCCGAAAAAGAAAGUGUGGGAGACGAUCCAGCCGGGCUUCACGACGACGGCGGGCCGCGAGGUCGCCUUUGACGCGGCGGUCGUCAAGGAGCUGGGUAAGGAGGGCGUAGGCCGGUUGGUUACGGAGAGCGGGGGUGUGUGUACGGUGAAGAGUCUGACGGGGGCUGUUGUUAGAUAG